GCGCGUUUUAUUGCGACCUGCCGGUGGGAACUUUGUCUCCAAGUCGGAGCAGCAUGGAGCGGCGGAGCGAGAGCCCGUGUCUGCGGGACAGCCCCGACCGGCGAAGCGGCAGCCCCGACGUCAAGGGGCCUCCCCCGGUGAAGGUGGCCCGGCUGGAGCAGAACGGCAGCCCCAUGGGAGCCCGCGGGAGGCCCAACGGCGCCGUGGCCAAGGCCGUGGGAGGUUUGAUGAUUCCUGUCUUUUGUGUGGUGGAGCAGUUGGACGGCUCUCUUGAAUAUGACAACAGAGAAGAACAUGCCGAGUUCGUACUGGUUCGAAAAGACGUGCUUUUUAGCCAGCUGGUGGAGACCGCGCUCCUGGCUCUGGGGUAUUCCCACAGCUCUGCGGCUCAGGCACAAGGAAUAAUCAAGCUGGGGAGGUGGAACCCUCUCCCCCUCAGUUACGUGACAGAUGCACCCGACGCGACCGUGGCUGACAUGCUACAAGAUGUCUAUCAUGUUGUGACGUUGAAAAUCCAGUUGCAAAGUUGUUCGAAGUUAGAAGACUUGCCUGCAGAGCAGUGGAACCACGCCACAGUCCGCAAUGCCUUAAAGGAACUGCUUAAAGAGAUGAACCAGAGCACAUUAGCCAAAGAAUGCCCUCUCUCCCAGAGUAUGAUUUCAUCCAUUGUAAAUAGCACAUAUUAUGCCAAUGUGUCAGCAACCAAGUGCCAGGAGUUUGGGAGAUGGUAUAAGAAGUACAAGAAGAUUAAAGUGGAAAGAGUGGAACGAGAAAACCUAUCAGACUAUUGUGUUCUGGGCCAGCGUCCAAUGCAUUUACCAAAUAUGAACCAGCUGGCAUCCCUGGGGAAAACCAACGAACAGUCUCCUCAUAGCCAAAUCCACCACAGUACUCCAAUCCGAAACCAAGUGCCCGCAUUACAGCCCAUCAUAAGCCCUGGUCUUCUUUCUCCCCAGCUCAGUCCACAACUUGUCAGGCAACAAAUAGCCAUGGCCCAUCUGAUAAACCAACAGAUUGCCGUUAGCCGGCUCCUGGCUCACCAGCAUCCUCAAGCCAUCAACCAGCAGUUCCUGAACCAUCCGCCCAUUCCCCGAGCAGUUAAGCCAGAGCCAACCAACUCGUCUGUGGAAGUCUCUCCAGAUAUCUACCAGCAAGUCAGAGAUGAGCUGAAGAGGGCCAGUGUGUCCCAAGCUGUCUUUGCAAGAGUGGCAUUCAACCGCACACAGGGACUGUUGUCUGAGAUUCUGCGUAAGGAAGAAGACCCUCGGACGGCCUCUCAGUCUCUUUUAGUAAACCUGAGGGCUAUGCAGAAUUUUCUCAAUCUGCCGGAAGUGGAGCGGGAUCGCAUAUACCAGGACGAGAGAGAGCGGAGCAUGAACCCCAACGUGAGCAUGGUCUCGUCAGCCUCUAGCAGUCCCAGCUCCUCCCGAACCCCCCAGGCCAAAACCUCGACACCGACAACAGACCUCCCCAUUAAGGUGGAUGGCGCCAACGUCAACAUCACAGCUGCCAUUUAUGACGAGAUCCAACAGGAGAUGAAAAGGGCCAAGGUGUCUCAAGCCCUGUUUGCCAAAGUGGCUGCAAAUAAAAGUCAGGGCUGGCUGUGUGAAUUGCUCCGCUGGAAGGAGAACCCAAGCCCAGAAAACCGCACCCUCUGGGAAAACCUGUGCACCAUCCGUCGCUUCCUGAACCUUCCCCAGCAUGAGAGGGAUGUGAUCUAUGAGGAGGAGUCCAGGCAUCACCACAGCGAGCGCAUGCAGCACGUGGUCCAGCUUCCCCCUGAGCCCGUGCAGGUCCUUCAUAGACAACCAUCUCAGCCGGCCAAGGAGAGUUCCCCUCCCAGAGAAGAAGCACCUCCCCCACCUCCUUCAACUGAAGACAGUUGUGCCAAAAAGCCCAGGUCUCGCACAAAGAUCUCCUUAGAAGCCCUCGGAAUCCUCCAAAGCUUUAUUCAUGAUGUAGGCCUGUACCCUGACCAGGAAGCCAUCCACACUCUUUCGGCCCAGCUAGAUCUCCCCAAACACACCAUCAUCAAGUUCUUCCAGAACCAGCGGUACCACGUGAAGCAUCAUGGGAAGCUCAAGGAGCACCUGGGCUCCGCGGUGGAUGUGGCUGAGUAUAAGGACGAGGAGCUGCUGACAGAGUCUGAGGAGAAUGACAGCGAGGAAGGCUCUGAGGAGAUGUACAAAGUGGAGGCUGAGGAGGAAAACGCUGACAAAAGCAAAGCGGCACCUGCGGAAAUCGACCAGAGAUAAUGUGAACUCCAUCUAGGCAAAGCAAUACAUCGGUCCAAGGAUUUUCUGUUUUAGUUUCUUAAAAAAAAAAAAAAAAUUUUUUUUUUUGCUUUAUUUUUGUCUGUUUUGUUUUUCUUAUCCUUAUGGACAUUUCUCUGUGGCACAGGAUACACCUGUAAACUGAGUAAGUUCAGUAUUUCCGAAUCAGACAUCGCCUUGGCAAAGACACUAAAGUGUUACAGUUUUACAAUGGACUGGGUCAUAGUAAUUAUAAUCACAGGAGACUCUGCCUUCAUUAUCCUUGCACUUAUGGAAGAGACAUCAGGCAAGUUUCAGGAUGAAAAGACCUACGAAACCAAUGAAGGAAGCUACAAGUGUGUGUGUGUAUAUGUAUAUAUCUAUAUAUUUACAUAUAUAUAUAAAAAUUGCAUGGGACAGAGAACUUUACAAUCUGAAAGAAUAGACUGUGAAAUGAGUUCUUAAAGAAAAGACUUGUUUAUGUAUUAAAGAAAAAAAAACCACUUCACAGUGAGUCGCUUUGGCUUUUUGAUAA